AUGACUAUUUUUCGAAUUCAAAAACACCGUUGGAUGAAAGAGGCAAAAGGAUCCGAAGAAGGAAAUGUAGCUGCGAUUGGAGGGGCCACUAAGAGACUUGCCUGCCUUGGGAUGAAUUGGGCGAAUCUUGACAUAAAAGACUUGUUCAAGAUUUUUGAUUCUGCAUUACCAUAUUCGUCGCCUCUAAAUGUGAAGCUCUGUAAAACUAAGAUAGGAAAGGAGAAGCUUGGAGAUAACAACAUCUUUGUCAAAAGCUGUAAGAAGGGAAGUAUUAGAGAAUGCUAUGUUGCCGUUGCGGAAUUUGAAGACAUUGAGGAUUCAAAACAUGUAUACUCUACUUAUGAUGGUGCAGAAUUGGGGUGUUCUGGAAUGAUCUUUGAUCUGAGAUUUGUACCAGAUUCAUUAGACCUUCAAAAUGUUUGCGAUGAGGUUUUCAGUGAUGAUGAAUGUGUGGAGAAAGAUUUCCGAACUAAGGAAAGGGAUGAAGAGGAAAGUAGUGGGAUGGAGUCCGAGCUCCAGAGACUAUUCAAAGAAAAGGAAAUCAACUUUGAUCUUGUUUCGAAACUAAUUGAUAUAUCUGACGAUGAGAAUAUUCCUAGUCUUCAAAACGAGCUGGUGGUGUCCUCUGAAAAUGAGAGGGAUGAUUUCUUAGAAUCCGACUCAGAUGACUUCAAUAAUAAGCCAUCAAAAAAUAAGAAGGUAAAGGAAAAGAAAGACAAAAAAGAAGAUAUAGAGCCCAUUCCCAGAAUUAAACCGACCGAUGAAUGCGACGGAUUUGUGUUUGAUCCAAAAGACAAAAGAUUCGAAGCCAUAUUUGAAGAUGAUGACUUCACCAUUGAUCCUACACACCCAGAAUACAAAAGAAAGAGUGGUCUGAAGGAAAUAUUAGAUGAAAAAAGAAGACGGCUUAAGGACAAUAUCGAUUAA